GUGCAGGAUCAGCAGCAGCAGCAGAAGAGGAAGAAGAAUAGGAGAAAUAGGAGAAAAGGGGGAGGGAUCUCCAAGGAGGAAUAAUUUUAUCUGUUCAUUCCUUGGCGAAUUCUCCGCCAUCACCAAUGGGUAUCGUUCAUCAGGAUCGGCGAUUCUGGCAAUGGAGUUCAACUCUACUUCUGCUGACUGUACUUGUACUGGGUGCUGUCCAAGCAGGAGCAGGGCAGCUGGGGUGUGCUGUACAGGAUGACAAUUCUCAUGAAUCUCGUAUGCAUGAAGAAGAGCCAGGCACCACAGAUGGGAACCGGUCAAGUGGAAAGAGACAAAUCUUUCACGAGGAAAAGCCCAAUGAGGAGAAGGUGGAUGACGCUCGAGUCGCGGAACAUCGUAGGGUCCUUCAGAAUAGUCCAGACUACACGUAUGGCCCAGAGAUGCCCCCAACCCCACCCACUCCUCCCACUCCUCCCACGCCUCCCACGCCUCCCACUCCGCCCACUCCUCCCACUCCUCCCAGAUCGUCAGAGGCCCCAACCCCUCCCAGUGCACAGCCCCCUAAGGGUCCGGCUCCAGUGCCGAAAUCGCAGCCAUCGCAGUCAGCUCGAAAUUACAGUGUCACUCGACCUCCGAUUCCACCCACUGCCAGUCCCAACGAUCCAUCUUUGACAUUUGAUACCAGCUGCACUGCUCCAGAUCUUGAUGUGCCACCCAGUCAGGACUGUACCAUACGCGAGGGCAAUAAAGUGGUCGCUUAUCUCAACAAGCUUCGGGCAGACGAUGGUCUCCCUCCCUUCAAGACAUCAGUUCAGCUCCAGAGAGCUGUACGUCUUCAGCUGCUCACACUUAUUGGAUGCGAGGAACAGCGUCCCUUACGCUGCAGGGGAGGUGCACACUAAGUGGAAGGAUGCGCAAUUGAAAGCAGACUGUUUAGCAUGUGCCAGUGCCACUUCUGAGUCAAAAUUUGCAGGUAUUAAGUUCGUUACGGUCUGCCAAAAAUGCCGGUGUUGACCCCAUCAAGUCCUAGUAAGGCUGUUGGCCACCUGCGGACAUCAUGGUGUUCACUGCUCAGUGCUCACUGUUGAAUUGCAAUCUAGUCUAGUGUGCUGCAUUCUGGUCGCGAAUGAGCCCAUCAUUUAAGUAGGAACGAUUCAAUUCGUGCGGAAUCUUACACCGCU